AUGAUGUAUGUAGUUAUUGGCGGGGACCUACUCGCUGCUAUUCUUGUACCAUUAAAACACCGCAUAAUUCCUUCUUUUCCCUAUGUUAUGACAGUCUCUGUGCCCGCAUGGCUUUAUGCGAUUACGAUCACGGUAAGUUAUUGAUU